GCCACAGCUCGCCAUCUGAGCUAGCUCAAUGCUUCGCGGCCAUGCUUAGCGAGUGGAAUAAUAUGAUGUACUCACCACCAAAUGUGUAGUGUAUAUGAGCGAAUCCCGACGGCCCCUCCUGACGCCACUGCGCUCAGUAGUGAUUGUGGUGCCACCCUUCGUGAAGUGAUUAUGUGUCUCGUGAGGUCAUCUAGAUAUUGAUACCACCAACAGAUCCAACCUUACAAUCAGAAUUAAAAUUAGAUUUCUAUAUUCGUAUUUAAAUGCGAAACCUAUGAAAUCUUAAUACUUGAUCUUUCUUUACUUCUUACUAUUUCUGAAUUUGUCACUGAACUGAAAAUGUGCGGAUAAGUAGUCGCUGGUGGGAGCAGUGCGGCGAGCGAUGCGGCGGCAGUAGCGGCGGAUGGCGGCGAGUGGCGGGGGCGCGCGGACGCCGCGCCGCGGGCCCGCGCCUAUCGCCUCCUUCGACCAUGACAACUCUGACGAGGUGAGGCCGCCCUCAAGCCCAGAGACUAAGCAAGCGAUCCGGCUGCCAGAGAUCCGGGAAGAUCCAUCGUGCUCCACAUCCUCCAUCGCGGGCGGAGACUGCCUGGCUCCCCCGGAGCAGCGCGCGCGCUCGCACUCGACGCCGGCGGCGAGCGGGCUGCAGACGCCGGCCGCGCCUCGCAUCGAGUUCUCUCGCGCUUCUAGCUCCAGCCACCAGGACUCGCGCGACAGUUCGCCCGAGCUGGCUCUGUUCGCUGGCUCCACGAGCACCGGUGAAGACGCGCGCACACGGCUCGAACUCGGCUUCAGAGAAGACGGCGCUCUAGAUCUUAGAUCAUCAACUGAAGAACUGGCUUUUCUGGAGCCCGCACCGGGUGAGCGUCCCGCGCCGAUAACGACGACCGCCGAACGCCGGCACUCACGCAAAGAUAGCCAGGGCUCCGAGGCAGCACUUCUGGCCGUUUCAGGCCGCACGAGUCGCCUUUCCAGCAUCGGCUCUCAAUGUUCCGCUCAUUCCGCUUUGUCAGGAUUCAGUCACACGAGCAAAGUAUCUCGUCUGUCCGUCGUAUCGGGAGUCUCACGUUCUCCGUCACCUCACAGAAUGCUGCUUGAAACUUCUUUUUGUGGUCCGAAGCCGAUUGAAACCGAUCCAGAAAUAUGCGCUGCUGCUGUAGAGGAGCGAUUGUUAGAAAUGGCCAAACUGAGUUCUUCAACAGUAACGACAACAGCGCAAGCUACUGCGCCAGUAUCGGCGCCGGUGGAUGCGCGAGACAGACGUGAAGUUCGCACCGAGGCUACCGUGGAAAGAGCGAGUUCCUGGACGCCCAGCAUAAACGCACGCCUGCCUAUAGUGCCCAGUAUUCCCACAGCGCCAACAGUCACUGUAACCGUCACAACUUCAUCGUCACCAAUUGCACAAUCAAUAACCACUGUAGCCAGUCCAAAACAGGAAAUUGUAGACGAUAAACGUGAAAAAGAAACAAAAAAUCGCGCAAAAGCGGAACGUCGCGCAAGGUCUAGAGACAGGCGCGAGUUACGCGAGCCUGAGGUCAAACGUAGCGCCAAUCGUUCAAAAGAUAUAAUUCGAAUUAGAUUGAAACCAGAUUCGGAAUACGAGGAUGACGACGAGGAUGAGAGCGAUCGUACUCUUAUAGGAGGUGACUUAGUUCGUAAGCCCGCGACGUUAGCUCUAGGCAGUGCCGCGCGGCCAUCAGAAGUGACGAGAACAUCGAUCAGUAGUGCAACGAGUGCUCCUAAUGCAACGAGUCCGACGCCGUCACGUCACCGUGGCACUCGAGACAGCCGCACGCCGUCGCCAGCCGGACAAGUUGUCUCCAGAAAAUCUUCAUUUUGCUCAUUGUUCAAGUCACGUGAGACCAUUGCCUCUCCAGAUUCGCCUUCGGAUGCACUCCGGCGAAAGAAGAGUUUGACUGAUGGCCGUUCACGCAGUAGAAGCCGUGACCGUUCGGCCACACCAACCUCUGCUGCCAAGAUAAGAGGUUCAGUUUUAUCUCUGUUCAAAACUCCACGUAAAAGCGUCACAUCACCGUCUCCAAGUUCCCGUGACGGAUCACCAAUAGUGCAGCCGCAACGGCAAAUUGCACAGCCGGUCACAGACAAACGACGAGCCGAUAGAUUAAAAUAUUAUGAGGAUGCAAAAGAUGGUAUUAUUCAUAUACCACUGCGUACACCUCCUGACGAGUUAGACGGAGCAGGUACAAGUGGCGCCAGUACAAGUGGUGCUGGCAAACAGGUGGAGAGAGAAGCUGAGGUGAGAGUGAGCGAGGUGACGCCUCACUGUGAGCCUAGACGUCCUUCAUCAGCGCCGGUGACGUCCACACGUCCUGUAGCGUCUGGAAGCAACGCGAAACCUGUUACAAUGGCAACUAGCGCAUGUCCAGCUGCUACGUCAACCACCGUACGUACUACCACAAAGCCUAUUCAGCGCACCGUCCUGCCCGAUGGGAGUAUUAUCAUCCCAUUACACUCUCCCACAGAAAAGAAAACUGAACAUUUCCCAGAUGUGACCGGAUUAGAAAAAAAGGAAGUGAAGAAAUGCGAAACGACCUGCGAUAUUGUGAAAUCAUCAUCUGUAAAAAGUAUCGUCAGCCCUAAAAAUGGUGUUCAGGAAAUCAAAUCACAAAUAAGCGAAGUGAAAACUGUCCCACAGGUGGAUACUAGUCCGCCAAUAAAGACAUUCGACGAGCGGCCAAAGAAAAAUGAGCGGUUAAUGUUCUCCACGCUCGUGGGAAGCCAGGACCAGGUGUUCAGCACACAGUUUAGCAUUACCAAGACCCCAAGCGUCACCAGCGAGAUCUCAGAGUCGUGUCCAAGCUUCCCCGAUACGCAGGCCGACGAAGUCCGAACGCCGACGCUGCGCGACACGCACAUCACGACGACGCCAACCUCCUCAGAAGUGGGCGCUGGAGUCGUUCCCAGAGGCUCCGCCGUCGCCAGUCCGCAAGACGCCGCCAGGGACUCCUCGGAAUCAGAGAACUCCGAGACUGCGCCCCCGAGGAGCGGCAACGAUGUCGAACAGCGAGGACUUGUUGUGCAGGAGUCGUUUGAGGACGAGUUGCCAUACGUGCCGACGACUCUGCCCCUUGAGCGUUCGCUAGCACUACCGAUGGUGCCGGUGCGGGACCGCGGUGACGUUCGUGUAGCUCCUCUGGAGCGCCCACGCGCCACCACGCCGCGGAAUUCAUUGCCUGGACCAGGAGUGGCUCGGCCUCCCCCGCUGCCCGCGCCCGCCCCCACCCGUCCGCCGCCAGACAAGAUCCGCAUCAAGCUGCCACGUAGGCCGCGCACGGCUUCCGCCUCCGGACCGACCAAGGGGGACCGGGCUCGCACGAGGACCAGGAGCGGAAGUGAAGGAUACGAGAGCCGAGCGAAGUCGGAGUGGAUAGAUUUCGAGGAGGUGCCGGAGCGGCGCAAACAGCCCAAGCGCAUCCAGACACUGCCCGCCGCUGCCGCCUCUGGUGCUGUGUCGGUGUCGGCGCGCGCGGAGGCCGGGGAGCGCGAUGUGGUGUACAGCUACGUGGAGCGCGAGCUCUGCCGCUGCGAGUGCCACCACGCUGAGCCCGACCAGCGGCCGCUGCUCGAGCGCGACCACACUCUCAGUUCGUCGUCUCUGGAAUGCGGAUCGGAGUCGCACGAGGCGGAGGGCGGCGCGGCGAGCGUGCAGCUGAGCGUGCACGUCGCGCCCUUUACCGCCGACCUCGACCUCCACGACGCGCCCGCGCCAGCCACACACAGGCCGUCGCAGCCGCACUGACCACCGCAAGAGGCGCCGUGCGCGUCCACCAACCUCCAAAUCUUUAACCUUUUAUAAAUCAUAUUCUCUACUAUUGACUACGAGAUGUUAACAUUUUUGAGAUGUAAAUUUACCUGUUCAUUGGGAUAUAUUUAUAGCUCUCCUAUUAGCCUCGUUGACCUUGCAUUUUUGAUGUUUAUUGAAUCGUUCGAUCGAAGUGAAUAUUGCGGUUUUUAUGUGAGUCGCGAGGAAUUUGAUUGGUGAUAGCGUGUUUCGAGCGGCAACGCCGCGCCGGCGGGGCCUUUCUUUGUAAAAUUACAGCGACUUCAUCAUCUUGAUUAGGUAUAAAUGAAAGAUAAACUUGUUGUAUCUACAACGUAGGCUAUUUUAUUGAUACAAACGUUUCCAAUUUUACGUAGCAACAAAAAUAAAUAAAUCAAUUUAAGCCAUGUAAUUACACGUUGGGAAGCAAAAGGACAUGUUUCUAUCAGAUCGUUUUAUUCAAGCCUUCUGGUCAGUCAGUUACGCUCGCUCAAAUAAAACGUAGUUAUUAUUAUUUUCAACGAAUAUCAUAACGAAGGUCCAAAAAGGCGGUAAACUGACAAACCUAGAGGGUCAUGUGAACAUUUUUGGGAUAUUUUCCUAUUCCAUUUUCCAAUUUUAUAUAUCGCGCUGCCAUUGCGUGUGACACCUACAUAUUUUGAGCGCGCAAUAGAGUUUAAUAAGAACCUGCCCGCCGGCACACAUUGCACACUAGCGUUAUUUAACCAACGACACCACGUGACACGCGUGCAGCGCACCACAUCGUUACUUUACGCAGCCGAACGCGUAUUUGUACUCUACGUUCACCUUAAGUUGCUUAUUAAAUUAUACUAAUUGUAAAUUUGUUAUUUCUCGUUGUCUACAAUAAUUUUAUCGCGAUGAUUUUGUGAUAUGUGAAUAAACAUAAAGGGCGUGUAAAGAUAUAUAUUUAUUGUUGUUAAUGCGGAUUCCUUCGUAGUGUAUAGUGUAACUAGGUAGCAACCUAGCGCCGUGUUCAAAUGUACCUUAAGCCACAUAUGUACGCGACAAUCGAUGCAUUUACGACUUUUUGUGACUUUAAAUCUCGAUGUUUUCACUAUAUUUUACGUAUAAUUAAAGUUGGUAUCACUUCAGCAGAAUGCUAUUAUCCUAACAAAAGAUACAGUAAGUUGCCUUAGUUUUAAAAAUGCAAAACUUUAUAGAACUUUACAAUAACAAUUUUAAUAAAUCAAACACUGUUCUAUGAAUGAAAAUAGAAUAAAAGUUGGUUUUUCUACAAAUAAUUUUGGUGAAGACCACAGAUAAUGUAUGGCAGCAGACCAGCUUGGCAACUGCUCACUUAGCGAUUAUUAGUUAACUUCAAAGAUGCAAUAAUAUGUAAGAAUGUAUGUACUAAUGUUAACAAUUCUAUCGGUUUAGGAAAGUCUGAAAAAUUAAAAUAUAUUAUAAUUUUU